AAUACAUAGCUUAUAACUAAAAGACUAAAAGUGUUUUCUCUAAAUAUACACUUUGUUAUCAAAUUACAAGUAAUCAAUCAAAAGAUGGAAGGCAAAACUGUGAUAUUCAGUGUACUCGUAAUGGGUCUGGUCAUCUCGCAAAUUCAAGUAGAAGCACAAAAAACUUGCUGCCCGAGCCAGUCAACUAGGAAGGAGUUUGAAGAUUGCAUUUCAGAAGGAAAUUUGCAGAUACUUUGUUCAGCUGAAAGUGGAUGCCGAGACACUUACGUGGGUUAUUGCCCUUCGGGUUUUCCUUACGGGAGUCUCACAAACUCUGGUGAUGUUGUCAAUGUAUAUUGUAAGUUGGGGUGUGUAUCCUCUCUGUGUGGUGCCUUAACGAGUCUCCAAAAACUUGACACAAGUGGAAAAGUGAAUGUCGCGGUUGAACGAUGUACCAAGGCAUGUUCUACUAUAUGCACUAAAGGAUCUAAAACCGCAGUUGAAACUGUGUAAAAAAGCAGUCAAGCAUAAACAAGUAAAGGGGUGGUCAUGAUCACUAAAAGUGUAAAAGUGUUGUUUUCAUACAAUAAUUGUCGUGUAUGUGUCAAACGUGCUAGACUAUGGUGCUAGUACUGUUUAAUAAAUUGUUUCCGGUUUUUUUACGUAUCGUAGAGAGUUAUCGAUAUCUAAAUUAUAUCUCUCUUCUACUUGUUAUUACCUAAGCG